AUGUCCCCUUGGCCCCUACCCCUGGCCUGCCCAGCCCUCACUUUAGUCCUUGGAGCCCUUACUUCCCUUUUCCUCUGGUACUGUUAUCGACUAGGUUCCCAGGAUACCCCAAUCUCUGGGACUGGGGGUGCUAGCAGAGGGGGUGUUGGAAUUGGUAGGGGGACUGAGUCUGUAUGUCAAGGCCCAGGAGCCACUAGGGAGCCUGGUGAAGGGCCUGGGGCAGAAGGCCUGGUGAGUCGGAGGCUUCGGGCCUAUGCUCGGCGUUACUCAUGGGCUGGGAUGGGUCGGGUGAGGCGGGCAGCUCAGGGCAGCAGCAGCCUUGGUGGAGGGCCAGGGAUCCAACGCCCAGCUCUGCUCUUUUUGCCCGACCUUCCUUCUGCUCCAUUUGUGCCCCGGGAUGCCCAGCGACAUGAUGUGGAACUCCUAGAGAGUAGUUUCCCUGCUAUCCUUCGGGACUUUGGAACUGUGAGCUGGGAUUUCUCAGGGACAUCUUCUCCACCUCGGGGAUGGUCUCCUCCUUUGGCCCCUGGGUGCCAUCAGUUCCUACUCUACAGAGCUGGUCGAUGCCAGCCAAAUAACUGUCGACGCUGCCCAGGGGCAUAUCGGGCUCUUAGAGGGCUAAGAAGCUUUGUGAGUGCCAAUUCUUUUGGCAAUGCUGGGUUUUCUGUUCUACUGCCUGGAGCCAGACUUGAGGGGCGCUGUGGACCCACCAAUGCUCGGGUUCGUUGUCACCUAGGCCUGAAGAUUCCCCCUGGUUGUGAGUUAGUUGUUGGGGGUGAACCCCAGUGCUGGUCUGAAGGACAUUGCCUACUUGUGGAUGAUUCUUUCCUGCACACGGCAGCUCAUAAUGGCUCUGCAGAAGAUGGACCUCGUGUGGUCUUCAUUGUUGACCUUUGGCACCCCAAUGUAGCAGGGGCUGAGCGACAAGCUCUUGAUUUUGUCUUUGCACCUGACCCAUGA